UUACUUAGCUUAGCCUUGUUUACUGUAGCAUUGUAACAAAGUGGAGUUUGACACGAUUAAAUCAGUAUACGAAGGUUUUAACUGAACUGUUAACGUACCACCUUCAAAAUGGUCAAUGUCUUAAAAGGAGUUCUCAUUGAAUGCGAUCCAGCUAUGAAGCAGUUUCUUCUGUAUCUGGACGAGACGUCAGCGCUGGGUAAGAAGUUUAUCAUCCAGGAUUUGGACGACACGCAUGUUUUCAUCCUGGCUGAAGUUGUGCAGAUUCUUCAGGAGCGUGUAGGAGAACUGAUGGACCAGAAUUCAUUCCCCAUCACCCAGAAAUAAAUGUCUGACAGCAACCCUUACAAUCUGUGAAAGAGUGUGGAGAUUGAUUGUCUAUUUAUUGGCCAACAAAACAAAGACGCACUCUUCUCUGUUUAGUUGGCUGCGUGAUCUGAGUCACUUCUGUUAUGUUUUCAUAAAGAUGAUUGACUGAAUAUCAAAUGUUUUAAAUACAAGUAUUUAGUCAUUGAUGUGUUAUGAUGUUUGAUUAAACCGUUUGUGCAAGAAGAAUGCCAUCAGAUAUUUUUUUAGUUGGCAAAAUUGUAUAUAAAGGCAUAUUGUAUGUAAAGAAUGGCAAAGUGGUUGGUGGCAGUUUAAAUAAUAUACAAGCGUAAGAGCGUUUGUAAAUGUCAAAUAAAACAUUGAAAAGAAA